AUGGUGGGAACGGAAGGAACGACCGACGUGCCUCAGUCCGAGUACUGGAUCACGCGCUGGAACAACGGGAACACGCCGUGGCAACUGGACAGAGUCUAUACGCUGCUAGAAAAGAACCAGGACGUCAUUCUGGCGGGAAAACAAGAUGCCCAGGUCUACCUCCCGAUGUGUGGAAAGGCGCCCGAUUUGGAAUGGUUCUACAACAAGGGACAUCGCGUCGUCGGCGUGGAGUUCCUUGAAGCGGUUGCCCGGGACUUUUUCGUCGAAAACAACCUCCCUUUCGACGAAGCGGUGUGUCCCGUUCUCAAGUGCAAGAUUUUUCAGACCCCCGAUACGAGACUGCGAAUAUUCGUCUGCAACGUCUUUGACUUCAACAAGUCGUGCGCCGGAGCAAUGGACAUUGUGUGGGAUAGAGGAGCAUUGAGCUCAAUCGACGUGGAGCUCAGAGACAGAUACGUCACAUUGAUGAAGUCAUUGCUGUCACCAAACUUCUCCUACGCUUUGUGGACCAUCGUCUACGAUGACAGUACUUACGAGGGCUUUCCCAAAAAUAUGCCGGAGGCUGUUGUUCGGAAGCUGUUCGCAGGUAAAGAUAUAAAGCUGCGUCUCAUCGAUUCAGAAGGUCCGAGUCCGCGUCCUUACACCGAAGCAGGCAUCGUUCACCUCUGGCACUUGACGGAAUGA